AUGCAAGAAGUUGAUGAAAUUACUGAGCCCUUUCAGGCUGAAGCACUUAAUACUGAAAAUAAGAUUAUUGUAAAGAAAGACAUAGCUGGUCCUGUGGAGAAAUGGUGGAUCGUGGUUGUGUUCGUUUCCCGUUCUUCUGAUACGCAAGCCUUCAUCGGCGUAGAGGAACGCCUUGCAUUUGGAGUAGCAUGUACAGAGAUACCGAUUGAGCUUAGCAUUCUUCCGCUGAACGUGGGGGAUCUUCGGCUCCUUCUUCAUGCUGGGCGGGUGGCUGUGCGAGAUAUUGGCCUUCAGUACUUCAAGUUUAUCAGUGAUAAUGAGAUGGGCCUUGCAUUUCCAUUUGGAACCGUAGGCGGUGCAGCUCCAGCGGUGAGCAUUACUCCUGGCCUUCAGAUGUUUGUAGAACGUAAAGUUAUUAAGGCGAAGGUUGAUGCGUCCGUUUGGCCGAAGGUAGAAUUCAACUGCCGACAAAAAUAA